AUGGCGAAUUUCCUUUCGAACAAGUGGUACCAGUUGACAGUCGGGAACAGCGAGUCCCAGUCGAUGAAAUCCUCGGAAAUCCUCUUCGCAAAAAGUUGGACUAGCGGCUCGGUAUACUUCGACAGGGCCAACACGUCCUCGAGCCUGCAACAAUGGCAGAUCUUCCCCACGCCCGGAAACGCAUCCAUCUACGUUCUGCGCUCCAGAAGUAUAGGGCCCGAGGGUUACCUUUCUACCGCGGCGGGCACCACUAACGAGAAUGGUGAUAACGCGGGCAAUACUGUUCCGGUUAUGCAUAAAUACACCAUUCUUGACGAGUCUGUGUUCUGGAUCAUGGAUACCUGGGGCGACGGCACUUUUCACAUGAGCAACUUGAAGAAUAGCACUGAGUGGCAUUUGCAAAAGAAUCCUUGGGGUCUUGGGACUUCGAUGUCUAUGAGCUCGAACAUCACGGCUCCGCAGGAUGGCCAGAGGUUCAGGUUCAGGGAGCUUGCAGACAUCAACGAUGUGGCGUUUUCGACUAUCCAGAUUCCGCUCAGCACAGCAAUAGCAAAUGCCGCAACCUCCGCAACAUCUGCAACCGCCGUGAUAACCGCAACCGCCUCGAGCUCCACCUCCACAAGCACCUCUCCAGCAGCACCGCCCUCCUCCUCAGAAAGCUCAGGCCUCUCAUCCGGCGCCUCCGCAGCAAUUGGCGCAAGCAUAGGCGGCGUAGCACUCAUCGCCAUCGCCAUCGCCAUUUUCCUCUUGCUGCGACGCAGGCGGCGGAACGCCGUCAAUGUUCCUCAGUACCCCAGCCAACUUCCGCAUUCCCGCGUGGAGCUUGAAACUGCGCAGAGGGCAGAGCUUCCUGUACCACCAGCAGAACUUUAUACUGAUUCUACAGAGUACUCAAAUAAGUGGGGGGUCGGGGAGUUGCAGCCGAAGACGCCAGUUGAGCAUGGGCGGGAGUGGGAGGAUAGGGAAAUGGGGCGGGGAUAG